UCCCCUUCCUUCCGUUCAUCCAUUGCAACCUUGCUGUCUUGUAUUCUCGUGCCUAUGGCAAUGGAUAUCCUUGUCUCUGCCGUUGUAAGCGACCUGAUCAGCCGGUCUGCAUCAUUUCUGAUCAAGAAAUGCUCUCAGCAGCCGGACGCGGACAAGAACUUGCAGAGGCUGAGCCGGCUGCUGCUUCGAGCCCACGCCAUCGUCGAGGAGGCCGAGGGGCGGCGCAUCACGAACCAAGCGAUGCUCUGGCAGCUGAAGAUGCUCACGGAAGGGUUCUACAGAGGGCACUUCAUGCUUGACAUCUUCAAAUUCCGAGCUCUUCCAGGCGGCAGCACAGAGGACGAGGAGGAAGCGAGCCACUCAUCUGCGAUGUCCAAAAUCCAUCCGGCCAAACGUGUGCGCUCUUCCAGUACCAACACGAAGAUGAUGCUAUCUGGUGGUAACAGCGCAACGGAGCUGCACGAGAUGGCUGAUUUCCUUGAGACCAUCAUCGCCGACAUGAAGGAAUUCGUCGUGUUUCUGGGGUCUUAUCCUCGGAUGAACAGGCAACCUUACUGCACUUACUUGUUCCUGGACAACUGCAUGUUUGGUCGUCAGAUGGAGCGUGAACGGGUCCUGAGUUUCUUGCUGCAUCCAGAGGCGGCACCUGGCUCUGAGAAUUUGGCUGUGCUUCCGAUCGUCGGCCCGCAAAGAGUGGGGAAGAGCACUCUUGUUGAGCAUGUCUGCAGGGACGAGAUGGUGCGCGAUCACUUCUCGAUGAUCCUGUUCUUUCGUGAGAACAGCUUGAAUGAUGCAGGAGUGACCGAUCUGAGAGAAAGCGGUUUAGUCAAGCAUCAGAAUAGUCAUGCCUCACAGAAAAGGUUGCUGAUUGUUAUCGAGCUAGCCGGGGACAUAGACGAGGAGACAUGGAAAAGGGUGAUUUACUCGACGAGCCGCAAGGCGAGAGGGAGUAAAAUCAUAAUCACCAGCAGGUCAAAGAAGAUCACGAAGUUCGGAACAGUGGAGACGCUCUGGCUGGACCUUCUGCCGCCGGAAGUCUACUGGCAUUUCUUCAAGACACUAGCAUUCGGAACCGCAAACCCCGAUGAGCAGCCGAAGCUCGCCUCCAUGACCAUGGAGAUCGCCACGGAGCAGCGGCAGUGCUUCGUGAGCGGGUACAUCGUCGCCAGGCUGCUGCGGGACAACCUCGACGCACGGUUCUGGCGCGCGGUGCUGCGGUGCGUGAGGGCGUACAAGCGGAAGCACCUCCUCCUGUUCGACGAGCACCCGAACGUUCGGAUGCGCAGAGACGAGCCGGUGUACUACUGGAGGCUGGGGGGUAGCGGCAGGUACUUCUUGAUCUGCGACUACUACCAGACGGACUCCUGCCGGGAGGAUGUUGCCGAGGUCACCGUGCAAGACGUCCUUCUCGGACGUGACGCGCCGCGUGGGAGGUUUGAGGCGCUGGGGUGGACGUCGCGGCUGCCACCGUACUACAACUACAUGAUAAGCUGUGUGUCGCAAGAGUCGGGAUCUGGGGUGGGCAGAAUGAAGCGGAAGGCACUUGAUCUGAGUGGAGUGUGAGGCCAUCUCCAACGGAGAUGCAUUUUUGCCUGUUAGGUCGUAUGUUUAUGUGAUCCUGCAAAAAACUUUAAGAGAAUCGGCGUUUUUGUUUUUCCCCGUGCUACAGGGAAGCGGGAGGAGGCAUUGAUCGACAAAUUUGUUGAUGGAUACAGGAGUCGUAUCACUAUUUCUUGAGUAUAACUAUGGAUCCGAGAAGAGAUGUAAAGUAAUAGAAGGUAGAAAAUAAUGUAGCUGUUGAAGAUGAAAAAAAUAAAAGAUAUUAUAAUAGUGUUAGAGUAUGCUGU